GGUAGACUGCAGGUGAAUCGGUCAUAUCUUUCAAGAAUCUGCUUCAUACAGAGAAUAUUCAGUCACAGGAUUAUCAUUGAGUGGAUAUGACAAGUUUUAGAGCUUUUUUAGUCUUCGCUCUUGUCUGGUGCUGCACCGCUAAAGGGGAAUAUAAGGAGAAAGGUUUUGGAAUCGGACUCGUGCAUAAGCCCACAGUUUGCAAACGAGUCACCAAACGAGGCGAUCACAUAGCCGUGAAAUACAACGGAACCUUUAUCGAUGGAUCGACGUACGUUCCUACGAGUAAAAAACCGUUUGAAUUUACGUUGGGAGAAGGUCAGGUUAUCACAGGCUGGGAUCUAGGCCUCCUCGGCAUGUGCGUCGGUGAGAUACGCCAGCUCGUUGUACCGUCACAUGUUGCCUAUGGUUCCUGGUCUGUGGGCGACAAAGUGCCGCCCAAGUCGACCAUCGAAUUUUUCGUGGAAUUGUUGAAGAUAAAGGAAACUUUCUCCGACAGGGAAAUGGUCUCCGACACUUUUUCUCGUAUCGAUACAAAUGGCGACGGAAUGAUAUCGAACGACGAGGUUGCUCGGUUUUUGAAGAAACAGAACUAUCCUAAUGGCACCGGAGAUAAAAGCCAUUCCAGCCUCAUCCGGGAGAUAUUUCUUGAAGAAGAUAAGGAUAACGAUGGGGUCAUUUCGCACAAGGAAUUUUCGGGACCUAAAAAAUACGUCGAGGAUCUUUGAACUGAAGGUCAAUUGAAAAAAACUUGCCAUAAUACACAAGCUCGUCAAGUUGAAGUGGACAGUCUUGAAAUGGCGGCAUUUCACAUUAUACUUUAAUUAACAAUUCCGAAAUUUUUUUUAUAUUUUCUUAGUAAAUGUCCUUCUGUUAACGUGAUGAAAAUGUUUGCAACAAUUCAAUAAAUUUGAAAUUAUUUGUUCAGAUAUA